GGAACGCGACCUGCAGCGGAGGGGACGACCCUCCCACAGCGAGCACUUGAGCGCCGCGGAGAACUUUAAUGCGGGUAGGGGGGGCUGCAGGAAUAUGUUCUAAAAGAAAGCCGAACUUUUCGCUGACAGUCAGAACUUUUCCUGCGCUCCCGGUGUGGAUGUGACCAUGUUAGCGGGGACAUGAGGUAGUGACAGCGGGUGGAGCGGACUGAAGCGGCCGUGGAGGAGACCAGACCCCCCCGCCGCCUCCUCCUCCUGCGGGGAGAAGAUGUUUGAGGAGCGGACCGAGCCGGUUCACACGAUGUGAGCGGACUCUCCCACUCUGCUGGAGGAUUCUUCCACACGGAGAGCUUCUACGAGCCUUCUGAGACGCCGCAUCGCCGCUUUCCCGAACGCUGCUCCCCCCCGGACCAUCCGGACCGUCCGGACCAUGGCCCCGUCACGGGACAGCGGCUCGCGGUUGCCCUGGAGACGGAGCGUGCUCGCGCUGCUGUGGCUGUGUGCGGUGGGCACGCGCGGAGCGGAGGACCGGAGCGGCUUCAACGCCGAGUCAUGGCUGAGGAUGUACGGUUACCUGCCCCAGGCCAGCAGGCAGAUGUCCACCAUGCGGUCCGCUCAGAUCUUGUCCAACGCCGUCAGUGACAUGCAGAGGUUCUACGGGCUGGAGGUCACCGGGCAGAUGGACCCUCAAACCAUCAGCGCCAUGAGGAGACCGCGCUGCGGCGUGCCCGACAAGUUCGGAGGCCAGAUCAAAACCAACGUGCGGCGGAAACGCUACGCCCUCACUGGACACAAAUGGAACAAGAACCACCUGACUUACAGCAUUCAAAACUACACACCCAAGAUUGGAGAGUACAACUCAUACGAGGCCAUCCGCCGAGCCUUCAGAGUCUGGGAGAAGGUCACUCCCUUGACCUUCGACGAAAUCCCCUACCAGGAGAUCAAAUAUGGACGCCGAAAGGAGCCCGACAUCAUGAUCUUCUUUGCUUCGGGCUUCCACGGGGACAGCUCCCCCUUUGACGGGGAGGGCGGCUUCCUCGCUCACGCCUACUUUCCCGGACCCGGAAUGGGCGGAGACACACACUUUGACUCGGACGAACCGUGGACCAUCGGGAACCAGAACGUACAAGGGAACGAUCUCUUCCUGGUGGCGGUCCACGAGUUGGGACACGCUCUGGGUUUGGAGCACUCCAACAACCCUCUGGCCAUCAUGGCGCCUUUCUACCAGUGGAUGGAGACGGAGAACUUCCAGCUGCCCGAUGACGACCGGCGGGGCAUUCAGCAGAUCUACGGUCAGCCGGACGGCAGCCCCACCCAGGCCCUGCCCACCGUGACCCCGCGCCGCCCGGAGCCCCGGCCGCCCGCCGCACCCCCCCGGCACCCCGACCGCCCCCGGACCACCGACAGACCGGACCACUACGGACCAAACAUCUGUGAAGGGAACUUCGACACCGUGGCCAUGCUCCGAGGGGAGAUGUUCGUUUUCAAGGGCCGCUGGUUCUGGAGGGUUCGUCGGAACCGGGUUCUCGAUAACUACCCCAUGCCCAUCAGUCACUUCUGGAGGGGUCUGCCCGGAGACAUCGACGCUGCCUACGAGAGGCACGACGGCAGGUUCGUCUUCUUCAAAGGAAACCGGUUCUGGCUCUUCAGGGAGGCCAACCUGGAGCCGGGGUAUCCGCUGGAGCUGGUGGACUACGGUCAAGAUAUCCCCUACGACCGGAUAGACACAGCCAUCUGGUGGGAGCCUUCAGGCUACACUUACUUCUUCCAAGGAGACUGGUACUGGCGCUUCAACGAGCAGUCGCGCUCGGCCGACAGAGGCUACCCCAAGCCCAUCAGCGUGUGGGGGUCGUCCGUGCCCUCCACUCCCAAGGGGGCUUUCCUGAGCGACGACGGAGCGUUCACGUACUUCUACAAGGGCUCCAAGUACUGGAAGUUUGACAACCACCGCAUGAAGAGCGAGCCGGGCUACCCCAAGUCCAUCCUGAGGGACUUCAUGGGCUGCACCGGGGACCUGGACCCCGACAGGGACGCCGACACGGACUCGGGCCGGAAGUACCCGGACGUCAACCGGCCGCCGUUCAACCCGGACGCGGGCCGCGACGGGGACAAGGGCAGGGACAGGACAGACCGCGGCGGGACGGACAAAGACGCGGGCAAGGGCUCCGACGGCGGCGCGGACGAAGACUACCGCGAGGGCCGCGAGGAAGACACCAACGAGGUGGACGUGGUGCUGAAGGUGGACGACAGCGAGGAGCGGACCAUGAACAUCCUGAUGGUGACCAUCCCGCUGGUCCUGGUGCUGUGCAUCCUGGGACUCAUCUACGCCAUCAUCAACACACUGCAGAGCAAAGGGGCGCCGCGCCUGCUGGUGCACUGCAAGCGCUCGCUUCAGGACUGGGUCUGACCCCCCAGUGCCGGGGGGGAGGUGGGGCUGAGACCCCCACCAACAUGAGGGGAGCAUGGGGGGGCGCUGAACUCUGAACUGGACCUUAGAAGCCCCGCCCAUCUUCCUUUAAUCCCAACCUAAUCUAAUCCCACUCAUCCCGUCUCAGGCUCCUGCAGCUAGUAGUGGUAGUAGAUCCAUGCAGAUACUGUACGCACACACACACACACACACACACACACACACACACACACACACACACACACACACACACACACACCCUAACCUCAUCCUGUCUCCCAUGGUGCUCGACAAUGCGGUGACUGUAGUCUAUUUAUACGAGAGAAGUUUGCACAUUGUGUUUUUUUUCCUUCAUCUUGUUUUGGUUCAUUUUGUGUGACUGUUUGUUGUUGGUUUUUUUUU